UUUUUUUUUGAGACAAGUAUGACCAAAUGCUCAAAAUCCAUAACAGGGACCGCGGACGUUAAGUUUAUUGGUGGAAAACUGUGGACGAGUUCACCGUGGAAGGGACCUUGACAAGCAACGUAAAGGUGUUUGCUCGACAAAAUGUAAGAUGUUGUUCUGCCGGUUGUAAUGUAGAAGCCAAUUUGAAUGUGCAUUCUUGCAGGUCUUGUAGGGGACAUUUUGCUAAACAAUAUUCCACUCCGGGAGUUCACAAUAUACAGCCUGGAAAUGAAACCCAGCUUUAUUUAUAAUCUCUAUCAGGCUCCUUGGAAAACUCUUGCGGAAAAUCCCAGCUUCCCUUCUUUUUUCAUGGGCCAGCUCUUUCUGUAUAAGUAUCCCAGCGAUACCUUUGUGAAACUGCCGGGCUGGCAGAAGGGUGUUGUGUUUAUCAACGGGAUAAACUUGGGACGCUACUGGUCAAUUGGACCCCAGCAGACUCUUUACCUCCCCGGUCCAUUUCUCAACAGGGGAAUCAAUCAGAUCAUUGUGUUUGAGGAGCAAGAAGGUGACUACAAGGUCAACUUUGAGGACAUGGCAGAUCUUGGCAUGGCAGCUGACAUUCAGUGACUUUCAUCAUCUCCUGU